CGGAUGGCGGAAGUGGCGGUGCCGCGGGCGGUGAUGGCGGCGGGGCCGGGCCGGGAUCCCCCGGGGAUGGCCCGGAAUUCCACGGGAACGGCCCGGAAUUCCGUGGGCAUGCUCCGAGCGCUGCUCGUGGCCGCGCUGGCGGCGGGUUCCUGCCAGGGGAACUCGGUGCACAGGAAGAUUUACAUCCCCCUGAACCACACAGCGCCCUGCGUGCGCCUGCUCAACGCCACGCACCAGAUCGGCUGCCAGUCCUCGCUGAGCGGGGACACGGGCGUGAUCCACGUGGUGGAGCAGGAGCAGGACCUGGAGUGGGCCCUGUCCAAGGGUCCCCACCCGCCCUACAUGGUCCUGCUGGACGGGAACCUCUUCUCCAGGGACGUUUUGAUGCAGCUGAAAGGAUCCUCCCGGAUUUCAGGCCUGGCCGUGGCCGCUGCCUCUCCCGCCCCUUCCCAAGGAUUUUCCCCAGGAUUGAAAUGUCCCAACGAUGGAUUUGGUGUAUAUUCAGACACCUACGGCCCUCAAUUUGCUCACUGCAACGGCUCCCAGUGGAACCCAGGUGGCUCCGGGGUCUCCUAUGAGGAUUUUCCCUUCCCCAUUUUCCUGCUGCAGGACGCCAACGAGACCCAGCUCAUCAAAGAGUGUUACCAAGCCCACAACGUGCCGGGCCCCGGGGGCUCAGCGCCGCAGUUCCCGCUGUGCGCCAUGCAGCUGCAGUCCCACAUGCACGCUGCAGCCAGCACCGUCACCUGCAUGCGCCGCAGCUCGCUGCAGAGCGCCUUCAGCAUCAACCCGGAGAUCGUGUGUGACCCCCUGCUGGAUUUCAAUGUCUGGAGCUCCCUCCAGCCCAUCAACGCCUCGGGGCGGCUGCAGCCCGAGCAGCGCGUGGUGCUGGCGGCCACCAGGGUGGACAGCCACUCGUUUUUCUGGAACGUGGCCCCGGGGGCCGAGGCCGCCGUCGGCUCCUUCGUGGCGCUGCUGGCGGCGGCGCAGGCCCUGCACGGAGCCCCCGGCGCCCAGAGCCUGCCCAAGAACGUGCUCUUCGUCUUCUUCCAGGGGGAGAGCUUUGAUUACAUCGGCAGCUCGCGCCUGGUGUUUGACAUGGAGCAGGAGAAGUUCCCGCUGCGCCUGGAGAACAUCGGCGCCUUCCUGGAGCUGGGACAGGUGUCCCUGAUGAACAAUUCCGAGCUCUGGAUGCACACGGAUCCCGUCUCCCGCCAGAACAAAUCCGUGGAUGAGCAGGUCGAGCGGCUCCUGUCCGCGCUCCGGAACUCCAGUUCCAGCUCCGGGGUUUCCCUGCAGGAGCCGGACGUGUCCCAGCCCCUCCCGCCCUCGUCAUUCCAGAGGUUCCUGAGGUCCCGGAGCAUCCCGGGGGCGGUGCUGAGCGACCACCGGGCGGGAUUCCGGAACAGGUACUUCCAGAGCAUCUACGACACGGCCGAGAACAUCGGGCUGCGUUAUCCCGAGGGAAUGAGCCCCGAGGAGCAGCUGGAGCACGUCACCGACACCGCCAAGGCCCUGGCCAAGGUGGGCACGCUGGUGGCCCGGGCUCUGUUCUCCCUGGCCGGGGGACAAAACGGAACCGAGAACAUCCAGGCGGAUGAGAAAACGGUCGCUCGGCUGCUCUUUGGGUUCCUGCUCAACUCCAACAACUCCUGGUUCCAGUCCCUGAUCAAACCCGACCAGAAGGGAAUCCUGGGCCCGUUUCCCCAGCACUACGUGGCCGUGUCCAGCCCCACCAACACGACGCAGCUGCUGCAGGCGGUGCUGGGGAACCUGACCGGGAUCAGCGCCAACCUGAGCCGGGAGCAGUGCCAGAACCCCGGGAAAACGCCCGGAACCAUGCCCGAGCUGUACGAGUACUGGUGGGUGCAGGGCCCCCUGGACGGCAAUUCCUCGUCCCGCGUUCCCGGCUGCGUCCGCUCCGGUGUCCGUCUGUCCCCGGCGCUGUCCCCGGCCUUCGAGCUGCGCCGCUGGGAUUCCCGGGAAUUCUCCACGUGGACCGAGAGCCGCUGGAAGGACAUCAGGGCCCGGAUCUUCCUGGUGGCCAGCAGGGAGCUGGAGCUGCUGACGCUGGCGCUGGGGGUGCUGGUGCUGCUCCUGUCCCUGCUCGGCACCUUCCUCAUCAACUCCAAGGCCUCGCUGCUCUUUGGGAUCCCGGCCCCUCCCGGCUCCUCUGGGUACUGAAAAUCCCGGAAAAAACGCCUGGAAAACCCGGGAAAACUGCCUGGAAAAAUUCUGGGAAAACAGCCAGGAAAAUUCAGGAAAACUGCCUGGGAAAUCCCAGAAAAACUGCCUGGAAAAUCCCGGAGAAAAUCCCAGAAAACCACCUGGAAAAUUCAGGAAAAACAUCCUGGGAAGUUCAGGGAAGACUUCUUUGAAAAUUCCAGAAGACUGCCUGGAAAAAUCCAGGAAAAGCUUCCGGGAAAAUCCCAGGGAAACCUCCUGGGAAAAUCCCAGAAAACCACCUGGAAAAAUACCAGAAAAACUUCCUGGAAAAUUCAGGAAAAUCUCCUGGAAAAUGCAGGAAAAACAUCCUGGAAAAUCUGGGGAAAACCGCCUGGAAAAUCCGGGGAAACCUCCAGGAAAAUCUGGGAAAACCACCUGAAAAAUCUGGGAAAAACCUCCUGGAAAAUCCGGGGGAACUUCCAGAAAAUCCUCGACAGGGAAUUCCCCCAGAGCUGGAAAUGCCAGAGGUGUUCCAGGGAAAUUCCCAAAAUUCCAGGUGGGAUCGAUGUCCUGGGUGGGAAAUUCCCCAAAUUCCCAAUUGGAUUCGAUGCCCUGAGUGGGAAAUUCUCAUUUGGAUUCGAUGCCCUCAGUGAGAAAUUCCCAAUAUAUUCCAAGAAUUCCCAGUUGGACCCAUCCUGUUUCCGAGGGUGGAGCUUUUUGGGAAUCGUGAGGAAUUCCAAAGGGUCCGGGAAUGUCCCAAUGGAAAAUAUCCCUUUUUUUUUUCCCUGGGAUUUGUAAAUAUUAUAAAUAAAUCCGUGGAAUUCCCAAGGAAA